UCCCGGAGACGGAUUUCCAAAGUGCACAGCAGACAUAGCUCGUACUUUGUUUACGUCCCGUCGGGUUCGCUGACAGCUGUUGUUGCACGCACAUAAACCCCUCCGUGGGUCUGCGUGCAUCUUUCGGUGCUCCGUAAACUUUGCACAGAGUGUCCUCUGGAUGUCCUGGAUGUUUUGUUGAAUGACCGGGCGGCCGCUCCGGAUGCCGACGGGAGGAUGAACCCCAUCACCGGUCGGGUUCUCGCCAUCCCCGCCGCCUCUGUCACCAACUCUGGAGCUUCGUCCUCUCGAGCCUUACAUGUGGAGCUCACGUCCCAGCAGAGACGAUUGCGUCACCUCCGGAGCAUCGCAGCCAGAAACAUUGUCAACAAGAAUGGCUCACCACUGCUGGACACUUAUUUCACCCUCCACCUCUGUAUAAGAGACCGAAUAUCUAGAGAUUUUUACAAGAGUGAAGUCAUCCGAGACUCACUGAAUCCGACCUGGCGGAGCCUCGACUUUGGCAUGCUGCCGGACCUUCUGGACACCUCAGUGUCUUGCUUCGUGGUACGGAUAUGGGGAGGACAGGAAGAACAAUAUCAGCUCCUUAUAGAAUGGAAGGUCAAUCUGGAUGGCCUCAGAUACACGGGGCAGCAGAUUCGAUCCAGGAAUCCAAAUGAGAUCAUAUUUGGAUUGAAUGAUGGCUACUAUGCAGCUGACUUUGAUCAUAAGGAUCAGUCGGAGAGGAAGAAAAACAGUCUGCUUCAGGUCGACCAGAGUUCAGUCAGGAACUCCUACAGUGUGUUCUCUCUGCUCAGGCUUCACACAGCCCAGAGAGCCAUCAAGCAGACCCAAGUGACGGUGCAGAAGAUCGGGAAGGAGAUCGAGGAGAAGCUCAGGACGACGGCGACCUGCACUGAGCGGAAGAAAGAACGCGAGUGCAUGCAGCUGAGGAUAGCUGUGCUGCGGAGCGAACUGCAGCGGCAGAGGAAGGCUCUUGGCAGGGAGAUCGACCUGCGGCAGAAAGAGAGGUCACAGCUUCAGAAGAAAGAGGAAGCAUUCUCCGCUCAGCACGAGAGUCUGAAGGAAGAGAAAGAAUCCUUAACCAAGCUGCAGAAGGAAUGCACUGCCAAGAGAGAGCAGUUCCUCAAGUCCAACGCCCAGCUCACCUUCCGCUGUCGUCAGCUCCUCUCUGAGCUUUCCUACAUCUAUCCUAUUGAUGUGGCUAAUCAGUCCGAUUAUGUCAUCUGCGGAGUGAAGCUGCCAAACUCUGAAGACUUUCAAGCGAAGGACGAUGGGAGCGUGGCAGUCGCCCUGGGUUACACAUCGCACCUGGUCCUGAUGAUCUCGUGCUUCCUGCAGGUCCCUCUUAGGUAUCCGGUGAUCCACAAGGGUUCGCGCUCCUCCAUCAAGGACACCAUCACCGACAGACUGACUGAGAAGGAGAGAGAAUUCCCUUUGUACCCCAGAGGAGAGCGCUUUCAUUUCGAAUAUGGCGUCUACUUACUCAACAAGAACAUUGCCCAGCUGAGAUAUCAACAUGGCUUGACCACCCCGGACCUGCAACAGACGCUACCCAACUUGAAAAACUUCCUGGAACAUGGACUGCUGGUCCGAUGUGACAGGCACCACGUCUCCAGCUCCAUCCCGGUGCCGACAAAGUCUCAGCUCGCUGUGUCUGCCGCCUCGGAUAUAGGCUACACCUGCCACGCCAACUCCCCAGACAGAGGCCUGAGGAAAAGGGCGAGCUCCGAGGCAGAUAAGCCCAAAUACAAGCCAACUCCUCCACCCAGCUACGACACAGUGAUGGGUGAAGAGCAGCCCUCAGUCAGCCUGGCACCGCCGUCGCCUUCAGCCAAACAUCUGUCCUCCUCACUUGACGCCGGCAUGGCAACGCUUAACCUGGCCAAGUCGACGGACGCCAACAAGGAGGGCGAGCAGAAGGAAGACAAGGAGGAGGGUGGAGAGACGGCAGAGGAGGCGGAGAGAAGCAGUAGUAUCGACAGAGAGAGUGAAGUAGAUAAAGAAGAGACUGAAGAGCAACCAGCCGGUAGCACAGUUGCACCAAACUCUUCUACAGUGCAGGACACUGGCGAGGAAACGGUGGGCACUAGUCAGCACACAGGUGCCAUGAAUGGCUCUUUGGUACCAGGACAGGCGCCUGUUAGCCUGGUCCCAGAGAUGCGCUGCUCUGUGGAGCAAGCCGAGGAGAUUAUGGGCACAGAAGCCACCAGUUUAGGCCUGGGGUUGGGGUUAGGUUUGGGUUUAGGGCUAACAGACGAGGCCCGGCUGGACGACUACCGCUGCAUCCCCGUGGACCACGCAGUAGCUGUGGAGUGUGACGAACAGGUGCUGGGCGAGCUGGACGCCGCCGGCUUUGAGGAGUUCUCCAGGCGCAUCUAUGCACUAAACGAGAACACGUCCAGCUUCCGCAGGCCGCGCAAGAGCUCUGAUAAGUGAGGCGGAGGAACUAAAGAGAGAGGGGGAGGCAUGAAAAAACUUGCACAGGGGGUUUGGACGAAUACAAGGCAGGGACAUGAACAAGGGUGUUCGCAGCAUCAGAAAUCAUAGGAGCUUUUCUGGAACAAUGACCAAUUUGCACUUAUUGUAAACAUUUCCAUAGUAAUCUUUUAAAUGAAACAGUUCAAAGUCAAGUAUUGGGACAGUAAGCUUUACUUUUAUUUUGGAUUAAUAUAUUUUUUAACAACAAACAGGGACAAUGAACCAUUAUUCAGACAUUUUUAUUCACAAAACUUAACCAACGUGUGCCAUCUGUUGUUCCAUAACACAUGACACACUUACACUUUGUUUUCAAACCCUUACUGCAAUAACAGGCCCUUAAUUUCUUGUAUUAAACAUAAAAAAUUUGCAUUCAUCCACAUCCCAGAGUGCAGCCUCGACGUGUCAGGCUGUAAAAAGUGUUUCAACGCAGCACCUCCAGAUUGUUUUCUUUAAGCACUGUACCUCAAGUUUCACCUCGAGCUGAGAAUGCUCUGUUUGCUUUGGACAUUUAUCAAUUAUAGAAUCAUUAAUAUAAAUUUAUUAAGUCAUGAAUAUAAAUAGAACACAGAGACUGAAUCAUCUUCUAUCACAGAGCCCGCUGUCCCAGCACUUCCACAUUUGACUGUACAAACAAAUGUUUAGACGCUUCCCGAGCCUUCAUUCAGGGUGCAUGACAAGUGUGUGUGCGUGUGCGUGUGCGUCUGUGUGUGUGUGUGUGUGUGUGUGUGUGCGUGUGUGUUUGUGUGUCGGGGGCAUCACAUUAGCAUGUAACCACAGUCCCGCAAUCCGGCGAUCCCACCAAUGACCUCUCCAACAUAGCAGACCAUAAAGCGAGGUGGGAGCCAGCAAGGCCGAUCACAGACUCCCUAAAACUGUGACACGCGGCGUCUCCUCCAGCGCGACCCGCUCCACCCGCCCGUCAGGCUCCGCGGUGGGGGAGAGGGUCGCUGAGUUUCUCCUUCAGGUCUUAAGAUUGUGGAUCACAUGAGUGGCAGGUUGGAGCUUACAGCACAUGGCAGGGAUACGGUGCAAUUGUUUUUCUGUCCAUCUCCAUGUCCUCUUUAGUUUUUUUUUUUCAAUUUUAAUGUAUCCCAUCAAAUAUUAACAUCGAUGUUAAUGAUAAGUCGACUGAUUUUCAUAUUCAGUAAGACGGAAAAUUUAAUUCUGUGUCUGUGUUUUGUUGGAAUGUCUCACUCAGGCUCUACUGGAAUUGUUAAUAGCAAACGUCUCGAUCCCAUCGUCUGUGAUUUUGUCCCGUGUCGCCACGUUCUGAACGCUUUCUUGCACUGGUAUUCAAUUAUUGCAUUUAUUUAUGUCUCGACAAAUGUGUGUGCUUUUUUUUUUUUUUUCAAUGAAAUCAAUAUCAAUUGUUUUAUUUUCCCCUCUCACAUGGGUUGUCGCUCAUCAUUAUUAUUAAUAAUAUUAUUAUUAUUAUUAUUGUCACAUGUUCGACUGAUAUCAUAACCAGUGUCUGGGUCCUGACGAGGACAGCUGCUUUGCAUCGCCUGCCCGUGACAAAGAUGGACUCUCCACCCAAGCGGCGCGCUUCGUGUUUCGGAUCCAACGCUGUGGUCGCUGACAAGUGUCGUCGUAUUUAAAAACUUAAAGAUGAACCAAUGUUAGAUCAUUUCCAUAAACUGCAGCAAGCGACCAUGUACAUAUACUUUUUGUAUGGAGGGUUUUGUUUUUGUUAUUAAAGACUUGCAGUCCAAUGGCAUGGAU